CCGAUCGCUGCUCAGGUCCAGGCACGGACCGGGGCGUCCCUUCUGCCAUGUCUGCCCCAGAAGAGCGAGAUCCAGCCCAAGGCGGCCAGGAUCGAGCUGACGGCGGGGCGGACUGCGACCCCAGACUCUUCGGGGUCCCGGUGGUUCCUGCAGAAGGAUCAGAUCCAAUUGUGAGUGUCGCAGCCUUUCUGGUUUCCCAGACGGUCACACGAGCCCUGCAGGAGAUAGAGGGUGGGGAAGAGGCCGCCCAGCCCGCAGUCGAGGAGGAUGGAGACAUCUGGUCAGCAGAGCAGGAGGAGGACAUGGAGGCGGGACGGGAGGAGGAAGAGGACCAGGACUACGAAGGCGAGGAGGAGGAAGAUGAGGAUGAACCGGGAGACCACGCUGAGGAGCGAGUGAAUAUCAGUAUGAAAACUGGUGACGAGGCCCAAGAAACUGAAGGUGAGGAGAAGAAAGCGGAAGGGGUCAGAAAUGAAGAACCAGAAAAAGGACCUGAAAAUGAUCUGGAUCCAGAAGAUCGCAGUCUCUGAG